CAUGACUACAUCGGCCGGAUAGCGGACUCGCGAUGUUGAGGAUCAUGAGAUAAGCGUCUCCGGCGACCGGCCCGGUCCACAGACAACGGUGGUGGUCCAAGCGGGGCUCCUCUUACGAUUACCGACGGAUGAUAACCACUAAAGUAGGUAAACAAGAUUAACACUCAAGAUCAACAGUUCCGCAUCCCCAUCCACCACACGACCACAAUGCCUCAACCUCAGAAACAUGUUGUCUUCGACGUCGUCGGCACCUGUGUCUCAUUCGACGCGUAUUACUCAUGCCUCGACUCAGUCCUCGGCGCAAGACUGCGCCAACACACAAUAACCCCCCAACACUUUGGCUUUACCUGGCAAACAGCCGCAGAGUUAGAAUUCACAUUUCUGUCUAUUUCCGGCAGUUACAAGCCCUACAAAGAGGUUUUACGGGGGCUGUUCUACCGCACGCUAAGCCUGUCCGGCGUUGCGGAUCCGCGGGCGCUGGCUACCGACGAGGAGCGCGAGAAAUGCAUUGAGGGCUACGGAGCGCUGGAGCUGCGACCAGGAUGUCGCGAGACUUUCCAAUUGCUGCGCGACAAUGGGUUUACGGUCUGGUGUUUUACGACCGGCGACGUGCAGCGCGUGCGAGGCUACUUUGAGCGUGCGAACGUGGACAUGCCGCUGGAGAACUUCAUCAGCUGUGAUGUAGGUGGCGUGGCGAAACCGGCUUUGUCCGCGUACGAAACCGUGUGGAAGCGACUGGGGAAGGACGAUGUGAAGUGGUUUGCGGCGGCGCACAUGUGGGAUGUUGCUGCGGCGACAAAGGUUGGGUUCCGCGGCGCGUGGAGUUCGGUGUAUGAGAAAGAGGCUUGUCUUGAUGUUUUUAGUGAUGCGAAGUUGGAGAUUGUGGCCGGGGGCCUGGAGGAGAUGGCACGACAGAUUGUAGAGAAGUCGCAAUGAUUCAAAAGGAGCGUAUGAAUCAAACCAUCUGCCGUUAGGGUAAGAAGGAAUAUCAUAUAUGCAUGACCCUGAGUUCUGGCUGAUCACGCAAGUCACCAGACGUUCUGGCAGACACCAAGUCCUAUUCACGUCUCU